GUGCAAGCUUCUCUCAAUGACCAAUCAGACAUACAUCUUACCAACCCAGCUUAUUUUGACCUCAAUCUAAACUAAUCGCGUUAAUGAAUGUAAGACAAUUAUCAUUAACCAAUCAUAUUAAUGUCUGCGGUCGUGGUCAGAAUGAAAUUUUUCAAUGUCAUUUUACAUCCGAAUUAUGUAUACAUAACAACUACCGUGACGUCAGACACUUGUGGGUGAUUUCAAAGACUAAGAAACAAGUAUUGAGGCUUCUGUUCAUAUUCUCAAUUGGUGUUCGUUAGACUUUAUUGAUGGAAAAUGGCUCAAUGUGUACCUCCUACAAACAGUGCACAAGAAUGUGAAUUGAGGACAUCAGAAAUACCGACUCAACAAUUCAUCACCACCAAACUUAGCGUAGAUGAAAUAUUGAAUAAGUAUGUUGGAGAAUAUGGAGUUUGGCAAUGGAGUAUCGUGUUGCUAAUAGUUAUAAGUUCUCCUCUAAUGGUGACGUUACCUGUAUUUGUUAAUGCAGUACCUGACCAUCGUUGUCGGAUGGAAGAUCCCAUAGAAGAAAUAUUCAAAGAAUACAAUUUAAGUUUUGAGGAAGCCGCUGCAUUUGUGGGUCCAUGGGAAGGUGAAAUUCCUGUGACAAUGAUGGGUUGUCUGAAAUUUGCAUUGGACUGGAGCAAUACAACCCUAAUCGAAAACCUACUUUUGAAUAAGUCGGUUGUUUCAUUUAUCGAUCGUGAAUCGUUGAAAACUAAAGCGUGUGUCAACGGUUAUGUAUAUAGAAGUAAAGAGUUCCAAUAUCCCAGUACUGUGGUAGCGGAAUUUAACUUGGUUUGUGAUAAGAGUAUGCUUUCGCCUCUUGGAACCUCUCUUUUUAUGGUUGGAAUGUUGUUUGGAUUCAUUUUUGGUGGUUAUUUUGGUGACAAAUUCGGCAGACGAAACGGUGCAAUUGUAUUCUCUAUCAUCGAAUUACUUGCAGCGGUUGGUGUUUCCUUAGCCCCUAAUCAUCAUAUCUAUCACCUGAUGAGAACAAUUGUUGGGUUUUCUAGUACAGGAAAAGCCGUCCCCCUACGCCUAUUACCAAUUGAGCUAACUAAUGCCAAAUAUCGAUCAUAUUUCACAUCGUUCAUUGUUUUGGGAAUUGUAUUUGGACAUCGUGCUAUAAUGACUGGAAUAGCUUAUUUGGUACGAGAAUGGCGUCUUCUCAACGCCCUGUCAACGCUACCAUGUCUCACAUGUUUCAUAUACUUUUGUCUUUUACCGGAAUCACCACGAUGGCUGUUAUCUCAGUAUCGUGUUGAAGAAGCCAUCACAAUACUGAGAAGAGGGUGUCGUAUCAACCACAUUUUGAAGAAAGACAAAUCAAAAUUAUCACAAUUCGACAAUUACCUGAAAGAUGUAAACAAAAACCAAUCUCAUAUGGGAAAAUUAUAUGUCCAUGGUGAACCUAUAAGUGUUUCUGAACGAUUUAUUAAUUUACUUAAAUCAACCAAGAAAAUUACUUGUUGUAGACAAAUGAAUAAAGCACUCAUAAUAUGUGUUCUAAUAUUUACGAUGCAUUCGCUUGCCUUUCUGGGUAUCACACUAUUUAGUAAGUACAUUAAUUAUAAUGUUUAUAUAGUAACUCUUAUCAAUGCACUAACUGGCAUUCCAGGACCAAUUGCUGCAAGUGUAGUUUAUAGAUGUUAUAAGUAUAGACGAUUUCCAUUAAUGUGCACAUAUAUAAUUUCUGCUAUAUUAUUAUGUAUUGGUGGUGUUUAUACAGUAUUAUGGGAACCACUGACUGAUAAUGUAUUGAAUAUAUUCUGUAAUGGUGCUCUUAUUAUGUAUUCUGCUUCAACGAUUAUGCUAUCAAUUUAUUGUGCUGAAUUAUUUCCAUCAUAUAUGCGUUCAAGCGCUGUAGGCAUAUCAAAUGGUCUAGGUAGAAUCGGUGGGAUCAUUUCAACACUUGUAAAUUAUACUGAUUUUGCUUUUAAACAUGGUACGCCUGUACUGAUUUAUUCCGGUUCCUCAAUGCUUCAAGCUUUCCUAUUAUACUGUUUACGUGAUACAAGCGGUGAAGAUCUUUCUGAUGUUGACAAAGGCUUAGAAUCUGCAACUGAUGAUCAUGUUCAUCAAAAUGGAUCUAAUAAAAGUAUUGAUGCAGGAAGAGAAGAGUUUGUAAUCAAUUUGAAAACAUUAGAAGACCGAAUAAAAUCGUCACCAACAACUGUAACCAAUCUCUAGUAUUUUCACAUUUCUAAAUGAUACAAUUUUAAUGUAAACUAACUGAUUCCAAUAAAAUUUCUUUAAUUA